UACUGCACUUUUCCCAUCUUCUCUCUACACAAUGCACGUCCUUAUCUGUGGUGCAACUGGCUUCGUGGGCAAGCAUGUACUUCUCGACGCCCUUGUCGACAACAGGAUAACGAAAAUCACGGUAGUCGCCCGUCGUCCUCCUUCUCUGGAAGGCUCUGACAUGACGCACGAUAAAGCGGUUAUUAUCAGAAAGAUGAACAUUAUCAUUCGCGAUGAUUUGGGACACUGGGACUACGAGAAUGACACUGAGAUGGUUGAGGCGCUGAAGGAUUGUGCAGCCUGCAUUUGGUCUAUUGGUGGGAGAGCCGACGAUUUCCCAGAUCCCGACACAUACGAGCGCGUUUCAUACACGUACACUAUCAGCGCAGCCAACUUCCUUUGCAAAAUUGCUCAGAACCAGUCUCACGAAGGCAGGCAUGGACGUGAAGCGCAACCGUUUCGGUUUUGUUAUUGCAGUGGAAAGUGGGCUGAUCGUCAUGGGAAAGCAGGAGGUGGGUGGUGGACAUGGGAGGCGAAGACUCGUAAUAUGAAGGGACGCGUGGAGGUUGCUCUUUUGUCUAUAGCAUCAUCUGCCCCUGACAAAUUUACCGCCCUAAUAUUCAGACCAGGCGGUAUAGUCGCAGGGAAAUCAGUCAAAGCGCUCAGCGGCAUCACUUCGACGAUGGCUCACGCGGGGCUCAAGAUGAUGCCUGCAAUGGUCAUCUACGUCGAGCGUGUGUCACGCGUCCUCGUCGAUUCUUCCGUGGGCAUUCGUGUGGAGUGGCAACGAGAAGGCGACGGGGGUGAGAAGAAAAACACCUGGGAAAGCGAGGAAAUUAUGACGUGGGCGGUUGGGCUUGGAGUUUGAGUGGGCAAGUUAUUCCCCAUUUUGCGACCCAUCGUUGGAAGUAUUUUAGGUUAUUAUCUUGGGGAUUGUAUAUUUUUUAGAUUAUUUAUUAUUUACUUAUUAUUUUUUUUGGAUUUUUUCUUCUGUAUGUAAUACAUGUCUCCAACUCUUCAGCGCUU